AUGGCUAUUCAAUGGGCAGCCCAGUUCCUGAGGAAGAUGGCCGACCCCCAGUCCAUCCAGGAAUCGCAGAACCUCUCCAUGUUCCUGGCCAACCACAACCGCAUCACCCAGUGUCUCCACCAGCAGCUGGAGGUGAUCCCGGGCUACGAGGAGCUGCUGGCCGACAUCGUGAACAUCUGCGUGGAUUACUACGAGAACAAGAUGUACCUGACGCCCAGCGAGAAGCACAUGCUGCUCAAGGUGAUGGGCUUCGGCCUCUAUCUGAUGGAUGGGAACGUCAGCAACAUUUACAAGCUGGAUGCCAAGAAGAGAAUCAACCUUAGCAAAAUCGACAAGUUCUUCAAGCAGCUGCAGGUGGUGCCUCUGUUCGGGGACAUGCAGAUCGAGCUGGCCAGAUACAUUAAGACCAGUGCUCACUACGAGGAGAACAAAUCCAAGUGGACCUGCACCCAAAGCAGCAUCAGCCCCCAGUACAACAUCUGCGAGCAGAUGGUGCAGAUCCGGGACGACCACAUCCGCUUCAUCUCCGAGCUGGCCCGCUACAGCAACAGGGAGGUGGUGACCGGCUCGGGGCUGGACAGCCAGAAGUCGGACGAGGAGUACCGGGAGCUCUUCGACCUGGCGCUGCGGGGCCUGCAGCUCCUAUCCAAGUGGAGUGCCCACGUCAUGGAGGUGUACUCUUGGAAGCUGGUUCACCCCACAGACAAGUUCUGCAACAAGGACUGCCCGGGCACGGCGGAGGAAUACGAGAGAGCCACGCGCUACAACUACACCAGUGAGGAGAAGUUCGCCUUCGUGGAGGUGAUCGCCAUGAUCAAAGGCCUGCAGGUGCUCAUGGGCCGCAUGGAGAGCGUGUUCAACCAGGCAAUCCGGAACACCAUCUACGCCGCCCUGCGGGACUUCGCGCAGGUGACCCUGCGGGAGCCGCUCAGGCAAGCCGUGCGCAAGAAGAAGAACGUCCUUAUCAGCGUUCUGCAGGCCAUCCGCAAGACCAUCUGCGAUUGGGAGGGCGGGCGUGAACCCCCCAACGACCCCUGCCUGCGAGGAGAGAAGGACCCCAAAGGGGGCUUCGACAUCAAGGUGCCCCGCCGAGCCGUCGGGCCCUCCAGCACCCAGGCCUGCCAGUGGUCCCCGAGGGCUUUGUUUCACCCCACUGGUGGCACACAGGGCCGAAGAGGCUGCCGAUCCCUGCUGUACAUGGUGCGCACCAUGCUCGAGUCGCUCAUCGUGGACAAGAGCGGCUCCAAGAAGACCCUGCGGAGCAGCCUGGACGGCCCCAUUGUGCUGGCCAUCGAGGAUUUCCACAAGCAGUCCUUCUUCUUCACCCAUCUGCUCAACAUCAGCGAAGCGCUGCAGCAGUGCUGUGACCUCUCCCAGCUCUGGUUCCGAGAGUUCUUCCUGGAGCUCACCAUGGGCCGGCGCAUCCAGUUCCCCAUCGAAAUGUCCAUGCCUUGGAUUCUGACAGACCACAUCCUGGAGACCAAGGAGCCUUCCAUGAUGGAGUACGUCCUCUACCUGCUGGACCUGUACAACGACAGCGCCUAUUACGCACUGACCAAGUUCAAGAAGCAGUUCCUGUACGACGUGAUCGAGGCCGAGGCGAGUGACGAGCCACGCCCCCUUGUCAUCGCUGUCAUCAUCAUCAUCACUGUGAACCUGUGUUUUGAUCAGUUUGUCUACAAGCUGGCGGACCAGAUCUUUGCCUACUACAAGGCCAUGGCAGGCAGCGUCCUCUUGGACAAACGCUUCCGGGCCGAGUGUAAGAAUUACGGCGUCAUCAUCCCGUACCCGCCCUCCAACCGCUACGAGAUGCUGCUGAAGCAGACACGUGCACUUUGCAUGCUCGGCUUGCCUCAUGCUGGCUUCUCCAUGCAGAAUGCCUUGGGGUCGAACCAAGUAACUCAGAGCAUGGAGGAGAGCGAUGGCCUUCACCGGGAAUGA